AUGAGAGAAAAGACGACCGAAGAAGAAAGGAAAUGGCGCCAAUCCCUCGAAGAUAAAGAAAAUCUCUUGGAGGAGGCGGGAAAAUGGCUCCUGGAUUUGCGCCAUUUGUUAGUCGCCAGCAUCGACGAAGAGGACGUUGUUUCUGGUGUCCAGUCGAUGGAAGCGGAGUUUUCAGGGCGACUCCAUGAAUCUUUCUUUCCUGUGGAAGAAGGUCAUUUUGUAGUGACCUUUCCAGAAUGGUGCCAACUAUCUUUGAACCAACUUCAAGAAGAAAUCAUGGAAUUCACGGUAAAGGCAUGGCAUCCAAAGGAAUUGGAACUUGAAAGGGAAUUCUGCCUGCAAGAUUCGAAACUGCGGAGGAUUUUGUCGAUGGCCGUCAGCGACGAAGACGGUCACUUGUUUGUUGUCGAUGGGGGCGAUAAAUCGAUCAAUGAAUUCGGCGAGACUGGGGAAUUCGUCGAACAAUGUCCCGUACAGGACGAAGGAUUCUUUCCAUGGGACAUUUGUUGUCUUUCCCAAGACAAUUUCGUUGUUUGUGGGGAGGGACUCUCUCCUCCUCCCGCUUCUAAAUUUCAUCCCUUCUUUCCUCCCUCUCCCUUAAACUGUCUUUCUCUCUUUCUUUUUUUCAACCUUCCCCCUCCACCCCUGACUUUUUCCCUCUCUCUAUAUUUGCUUUUGGUGGUCCAAUCUGCUAUUCAUUCUUCUUCUGCCACAUCUUCCAUUGCCUCUUCCACUGCCAUCCCAGUUGAAACUUCAAAUGUGUCUGCUGCAGCUUCAACCCUGUCUGCUGCAGCUUCAACCCUGUCUGCUGCAAGGUUUAACAUUUAUGCUGCAACCUCAAUCCUGUCUGCUGCAGCUUCAACCCUGUCUGCUGCAAGGCCUAACCUUUCUGCUGCAACCUCAAUCCUGUCUGCUGCAACUUCAACCCUGUCUGCUACAACUUCAACCCUGUCUGCUGCAACUUCAACCCUGUCUGCUGCAAGGCCUAACCUUUCUGCUGCAACCUCAAUCCUGUCUGCUGCUACUUCAACCCUGUCUGCUACAACUUCAACCCUGUCUGCUGCAACUUCAACCCUGUCUGCUGCAAGGCCUAACCUUUCUGCUGCAACCUCAAUCCUGUCUGCUACAACUUCAACCCUGUCUGCUACAACUUCAACCCUGUAUACUGCAACUCAAAGCCCAUCUAAAAGUUCAGACCAAUGUUGUGAAACAUCUGCCAUUCCUUUGUCAUGCGAAAAACGUUAA